AUGUCUACGGGAGCUCCCGCGCACGACUGGAGCGCCGCGCAAUACCUCAAGUUUGAAGAUGAACGCACCCAGCCAGCUCGCGAUCUACUCGCUCGAGUUACUCUCCAGUCCCCAAAGACCAUUGUCGACCUAGGCUGUGGACCAGGAAACUCCACCGCAGUCCUCGAGUCCCGCUACCCAGACGCCCAGUUAAAGGGAAUUGACUCUUCACCGGACAUGAUCCGCAAGGCCAAAGCCACCCUCUCACACCGCGAAUUCGCCGUGGAAGACCUGACGUCUUAUUCUCCUCCAGGCCCAGUCGACUUGUUCUACUCCAAUGCCGUGUUCCAGUGGCUCAAGAAAGACGAGCGCUUCGAGAUCGUCAAGAAAUUAAUGGCCACCCAACCAACAGGCGGUGUUUUCGCUCUUCAAGUUCCGGACAACCUCUCCGAACCCUCUCAUGUCUUGAUGCGGGAGACCGCUGAGAACGGGCCCUGGGCUGCUACGUUGUCAACGGUGGGCAGAGAUACUUUCCAGACAACGCAGGAGAUCUAUGAUGUACUCAAGCCUGUUAGCUCCCGGGUGGAUAUCUUCCACACAAGCUAUUACCACGCCCUUGAAAGUCAUGAAGCUGUUAUUGAAUGGGUAAAGGGCACUGGAUUAAGACCCUAUCUAGAUCCCCUGGGUCCGGAGGAGAAGGAGGGAUUCCUGCAGGAUUAUUUAAAGCGUCUGCAAGGGGCGUAUCCAGUGUCUGUUGAUGGCCGAGUUUUGCUUCGUUACCCACGUCUGUUUGUGGUUGCUGUCAAAAAGUAG